AUGGCGCUCGCACUCCGCUUCGCUGAGGAAGGCGAGUUCAGCUCGCGCGCGUGCGACGUCUCGCUCUCAGACGCGCCGGAUGUCGCGCCCAGCAAGGCCAUCUUCCGCUGGUCCCGCGCCGUGCGCCGACUGCUCCAAGACCAAGACCAAGUGCGCGUCAAGACGCUCGUGGUGGCCAUGCCGGGGCCAGCGCAGCAGCUCGUGCAGCAGUUGACGCGGGACUGGGUUUCAGUAGGCACGCUGGUGACCACGGACCAGCUAAUUCACCCCUGCAAUUUGCAGGCGACGCCCUCCGCCGGUGUGAUUCUGGCCAAGAAGGGGCUCAAGGAGCAGGACAACACGCUGGUGGUGCUGGUGGGCCAGGAUGUGCCCGUGGCGGCCUCGUGGGCGUGGAUCAAGUCGCUGAAGCAGCAUGUUGAAGCGGAGGACGUGGUGUGUCUCGACUCGCAGCUGUCCACCAUCUACGCGGACCAGUUCUCGGACGCAGACAAGCUCAGGAUGCUUGCGUCGUCAGCUGUCACGGACGAGAUGAAGACGGUCACGCCCGUGCGGCCGCUUGAGGUGCCGCAGUUCGUGACCGGGAUUCCAGCGGCUCUGCUCACCGACGGUGAGCUGCGCAAGCGUCGAGCUCGGGUGUACGUGAGUCUGCGGGACGUGUCAUCAACUCCCGCUGAUGUGAUGCGCAGCUUCUUGCCGCUGGUUGCGUCCUCCUCGUCGGUGCUCGGGGAACUGGAGCGUCCGCUGUUCUUCCAGCCGACGGGUGAGUCGAUGCAUGAAGACGGAGCUACGGGCUCGCUCGACGUGCUGUACACGUAA